GCUCGGUACUGAUGCCUCGGUCUCCUCUUCUCUAGUUUUAAAGGGGGUUUCGGAACCCCCGACCGCUAAGUCGAACCAAGAACGCGACGGGGGAGAGAUGCUCCGCUCCUCCGCAAGCUCCCUCCUCCGACCCCGGCGGUUCUCCUCCCUUGCUGACGGAAGCUUCGGCGGAGACGCCAGCAGCAGCGUCUCGGAAAAGAUUGCCGUCGCCGUGCUAUUCGAGCGGCUUCCAGUUGUCAUCCCCAAGACGGAUCCCGUCGUCUACGCCGUCCAAGAAUUAUCAUUGCAGGUUUCUAUGGAGGUAGCAGGUAUCGUCGGAGGUACCCUGAUGAGGUCCUGGGAAAGGCGAAUGCAAGGUUAGAUUGCAGAAGAGAAGAAGCAUCACAAUCUUUGUGGCCGUUCAAGAAAGAAGAGAGUGACAAAAAAGAUAACAGAAGAAGAAGAUACAACAACAUACAGCAGCAAUCUUUAUCCUUUUAGACAGACUCGAAGAUCAUAGGAUUUAGCUCUUCACAAAAUCAGGUUGAUUUGUCACUGUUCGUACCCACGCCCAUUUGUGAUCUCUUGUGUCCACCACAUUCCUUGCGACUGCCGCCUCCUCCGCCGGGAUGUAGCCAUAGUUACCAUUUAUUGGGCCAGCCACAAAUCCAGUGUACCCUGCCAUCACUCCAUGGAUUGCAGAAUGAGCCAAUAUGGUGCAGUAUAGGUUGUCUGUUGCAUUAGCCGGCACUGCCCGUAUCAUAUACAUGGGAUCGAUAUACUUCACUGUGAACAGUUGUCCCGCAUGUUCUACCUACCACAACUUGUUCAGCUCAGAUUUCAGCCAUGUUCCUACAUCCAGAAACACCGGAUUGCCUGACUCAUCCUUCUCCUCCUCGGCAUCCGUUCGUGGCAUCAAACCCUGUCCUGCUCCCUCGGCUAUCACAACGACGGCAUGCCCAUUCUGCUUCAACCUCUGGUCGAGGAACUCGAAGAGUCCACCUUUCCCUUCCAAGAAGAAGUCGUUCUCAGGGAUCAAGCAGCAGUCCACGUCGCGGCUGCUCAACGUGGCAUGCAGUGCAAUGUGCCCGGUGCUCCUGCCCAUCAGCUUCACAAGCCCGAUGCCGUUCACGGCGCUCUCGGCCUCCACAUGGGCUGCGCUGAUCGCUUGCUGCGCUAUCUCCACGGCCGUCUGGAAUCCAAAUGACUUGUCUAUGAUGCCGAUGUCGUUGUCUACUGUUUUCGGAAUUCCGGUUACCGAAACAUUGAGCUUCCGACGCUGAAUCUCUUUGUAAAUCUUAACCACGCCUUUCAUGGUUC